CACAAACCAGUCUCCAGGUGUUUGCUUUCCAUUCUCCCAGUCUGACGAUAACCACCCGCUCCCCAGCCAAGGCUCCGGCUCACCAUGCUGAAAUUCAGAAGGUAUUUGAUCAUGAAGUUGAAAGCAAUAUACAGGUGCCAGCCAGGUCGGCUCUGGAUCUUCUUCAGCCUCCUCAUCUUCCUCUUGGUCACGCUUCAAGUCAUGGAGAAGCUGCAGCCUCCCAGAAACUGCCGGUGCGAGCUGGAGCGUGCCCUGCAGCAGACUACGGACCACGGCCAGAAGAGGCUCGGCUAUGCCCUCCAGACCCCCGACCUGCUGUGGGAGGACGAUCCCCCGCACUGGCAGAGGAAAGCCAUGCCAGACCCCACUUCCACUGAGAGCACGCAGGACGCUUUUCAGAUGCAUCUGUACUUCAGCCAGGGGACCCCGCUGGAAAGCGGCGCAGACAGACAAGAGGAGCACUGGACGUGGCAGCCUGUGGAGAGCAGCAAGAAGGUGGAAGUCCAUCCUUCAUCCACGAGGCUGAAAUCCCAGCCUCCUGACCUGAGAAAAGCAACCAGAGAGGGUCCUUCUCCAAGUCUUCCUGGGACAAUCUCCACAGUUCCAGGAGAUGCUGAUGCUGUCUCCAGCAAGUUCAUAAUCUUUGCAAACAGGAUGACCGCAGAGGAUCCUGGGAGACCAUCACCACCAGGAACAAUGCAGGUGGUGGCACAGAGCCAGUCUCAGCCUCAAGCCACAGGUUCCCCCCAACAGCGGUGGGGCAGCUUGCUUAAACACUCUUUGCCAAAUUCAGCUCAACCUCCACAAGCAGAGGACUUUUACAAGACAGACCUGGAGAGAAGAUUUUUCCCAAGCUGGAUGGAAGCCUCUAAGGGUGAUGAGAUGACUCUUGGAGAAGUCCAGAAGGCCAGACGGGUCUCCUCUCAAGAGGAGACGUGUGAGCCCAAGACUGACAUUGUUUUCCUCAAAGUCCACAAAAGCGCCAGCAGCACUGUCAUGAACAUCCUCUUCCGCUUCGGCGAGACGCACAACCUCACCUUCGCCUUCCCCAUUGGGGGUGGCAACCAGCUCUUCUACCCGCAACACUUCUUGGCGAGGUUCGUGCAGGGCUUCUCCCCCAGGAGCCCUCGGCGGUUCAACAUCCUCUGCCACCACAUGCGAUUCCUGCAGUCGGAGGUGCAGAAAGUGGUAUCCCACUCAGCCAUCUACUUCUCCAUCCUGAGGAACCCCGUGCAGCUCAUGGAGUCCUCCUUCGCAUACUACAAGGGCACGUCGGCUUUCUCCCGCGCCCGCAGCCUGGAGGAGUUCCUCAGCCAGCCCUACCGCUACUACAACCCUGCAGACAGCGACAGCCACUACGCCAGGAACCUCAUGACAUUCGACUUUGGCUUCAACCCCGACGGAGAGGUCUCAGUCAAGCGGGUGCAACUCAUGCUGAAGGCCAUCGAGGCGUCCUUUGACUUGCUCCUCAUCUCAGAGUACUUUGAUGAGUCCAUGGUGCUGCUGAAGGAGAUGCUGUGCUGGGACCUGGACAGCAUCGUCUCCUUCCCGCUCAACAUCAGGGACAGCAGCACCAAGUCCUCCCUCUCAAACACCAUUGUGGAGAAGAUCAAGGACUGGAACAGGCUGGACUGGGAAAUCUACACCCACUUCAAUAGGACCUUCUGGGAAAGGAUUGACCGAGACAUUGGCAGGGAACGCAUGCAGCAGGAAGUAAAGGCGCUUCGGGAGAGGCGGGCAGAGCUGGCGAGGACCUGCCUGCAAGGGAUGGGCAGCGUGGCCCCAAAGGACAUCAAGGACUCUUCCCUGCGGCCACUGCAGCACGGCAAUGCGAAGAUCUUGGGCUAUAACCUCAAACAGGGCUUGGAUAAGGAGACAGAGCUCAUGUGCCGGCGACUGGUGACCCCGGAGCUGCAGUACAGCAGCGCUCUCUACAAGAAGCAGUUUGCCCAGAAGCACCCCCAGACCCACCAGCCCGGUCCCUCUUGGCAGGGCAACGUCCUGCAGCUCAGGCUGGAGGGCACCCAAAACUGAGCCUCCUUGCCCCCUCCAGGCAUCGUUCUCCAGCCGCCUUUGCUGAGGACAGCCAGGUGCUCGCCUCCUGGGCUCGGGGGCUGCUUCUGCCCCGGGGGCGCCACGAGAGCCCCUGCCCACCUCUGUCUGUGCAGGACCGUGCACAAGCUCUUGGGUGCUACACGCUGCUGUAACUGUGGAGCAGGACUGGCUGCAAUGGAGGGGGGGGGGUGGUCCCAGGGGCUCAACACAACAUGACUCUUCCAGGGCAGGUCCUGAGCAAACAGGGCAAAACCCCCAACUGGCGGCCAAAGCCUUGGAGGACGCAAUCCGGGGUGUUGCGCCACGUAGCGCCGGCUCCAGCAGCGAGGAGCAGAACCAGGAGGGCAGCCCAAGCCCUCGGCCCCUCGCCAGAGACUGCAACAGCGCAGGGCCAAGCUGUAAAUCAGAGCUGCAGAGCUUGAUUUACAGCUUGGGAACAUCUGUCUGUCCAGCUGCGGCUCUCCUCCACUACACCUUAAUGCUACCGUGCUGGAAAAGCGGCCUCUUAACUAAAAAUAGCAAUAUUCACCAUCACAUCUAUUAAGUUCCACUUAAUUACGUCAGUCUGCCCAGUAGAUGAUCUCCCCAGCAGCCCAAGAAAUAGCCCUCAAACAUCUGAAAAUGUCCUGGGGGUAAAAAAAAAAAAAAAAAAUCAGGGGUUUUUUUUUGAUCCUGUGGUUGCACGUUGCCUUUGGAUGCUGCGAUCAUAUGCUGCAUUUAUAGGAUCAGCAUCCUACCCCAGAGCGGAUGCCUACACCGUGGAGUUAGACUGCAAGUUAAAUACUCACACAUCUCGUGAGCAUCUCUGCAGCCAGACAUCCCGACCCACCGCUUGGAGUGGCUGUAGGAAUAUUCUACGCUCUUGCCUGGGGAAAAAUACCACAAGAAUGGGUUGUGGUGGGCUAGUCAACCUUACUUUUCGCAUCCUACACUUAUCCUUAAAUCAAAAGCAGAGCCAGCAAAGCAGUUUGGAGAAACAGAGGCCCCAGCUGAGGAUUUUCAGCAUGACUUCCAAACCAAAAGAGGGUCAGAAAAAAAUUGCAGGGGGGGGAUCUGAGCAUCCCAGGCUCUCCCUUGGCCAGCCACGAGGAGCCUCAAAGGUUUUGGUUUCCAUCUGAAGGUGCCCCAUCUCCCGCUCACAGUUUAACCAGGAUAAAAACCAGACUGCGUUCCCACUGCCCUUCCCCGCGAGGACUGGGCAACACCGAGCAUCCAGCCGGGCACGAUGCAGGGGCAUCUUUUUUGGGGCAUUUGCUGUGUGGUUUUUGAGGCAUUGUUUGUUCCAUAAAGUUUCACCUCUGAGGCA